CGAUCAAUGGACUAUUUUUCGUAAAGUGGGCCUAAUAAGGCCUCAAGCUGAAAUGAUACUUGCUGCCACCCGCGCCAUUACUUUUUCCCUCUUUUUUUAUUCUUGAAAAAGAAAUGCUCAGGUGACACUGACAAUCUACAGUCCUUCAAUCAACUUCCGGCCAAAGAUACUAUCUUGGCAGCCGAUCUCCGGCGACUAAAUUAUAUAUUGAAUAUAAAAUUCAUGGAGAUUAUUAUAAAGACAAAAUUUAUUUCCGCACGUUUCCACGUACCUAUGAGGAAUUAUAAUGGCAACAACCUAAGACUUUCCAGGCUUAUUUUAAUCCGAAGUAAGUGUACUGGGCAGUGGGCGAGUCAACUCCUGAAGAAAUCUGAAAAUCAUUGCCUCCUUGGAGAUCUGUACUGGGCAUAUCUUCCGUUUUGAGUACACUUGAAAUGGAUUUCACACAAAAGCGUGAAAGGCCGAUUUUGAGAGUAAUGGGUAUGUUUCUUAAUCGAUCAGAUCAUGAAGAAUUUGUAGUUUAUUGAGAUUUGCUGCUGUUUAGAAGUUCAGUAUCUUAAAGGUUCUAUCUUUAACAAUAUUAGUUACUGGUGUUCACUGUUAUAAUUGAGUUUGGUCUAUGUUUUGGGUUGACAGUUCUGAUAUGGGCUGAUAUGUUGACUAUAUAUCUGCUGUGGAUAAUGCAAACCUAUUUGACAAAUGUUUGGAAAUUGGGAUUUACUCAUGCUGCUGGAAUUAUGAAUGUAGCUAAUGGCCUCCCAAAAGUACUGCCCUUAGUCUUUUACUACUUUGUUGAUGCUGGCCUUGGUAACUUCUGGAUGCUGGUUCUCUCUAGUUUUUCAUACACUUUUGUAAGUUCUGCUAUCCGAAAAACUUUUCCCUCUUUUGUUCUACUAUAUUAUUUGGGAUAAAAAUCGUCUUUCAAUGUUUGAAAUCAUGCGUAGUUGGUCUAAAUUAAUGAAAACCUAAUCAUCUGUAGGAAAAUUCAUAUCCAGAUGUACAGCUGCAACUAAUUCUAAUAAGGAAAGUUGUGAAUGUGUACAGGGUUUGGGGCUGUUGUAUAUGUCUACACCACCAGUCCUGGCGGAUAUCACAAAGACCUGUAAAGACUAUGAGCCUCAGUGCAUUGGUGACACUCAAAAGGCUCUUUUCUACACAGGUUUAGCAUUGAUUGCUGCUGGAAUAAGUGGUCACAUUGUGUCACUGGUUGCGUUCUUUGUUGAUCAGCUAGGACCAAAGCCUGAAAUGAAGCCUGUUGUGCGUAAAGAUGUUUGUAUUGAGGUACCUACGGAAGAGGAAAACCAUCGACUCUUAAUGAAAAAGCUGCAAGAAAGGGGAGGAGGAGCUGACAAGGCUCUUCUGGAUUUUUUGUCUUCACGGCCACCAGCGGUUCCAAUCAUUCAAGAGACAAGUAAGCCAGAGGAGAGUUCCGAAAUCAAUCUGUUGGCUUUCCAAUUUCAGCCAGUCGAAGCAAUAAUGGAGCUUGUAACCAAGAAAAAAGUGAAACAAUUCCAGGCUUGUCUUGUGGUCCUUUUCCCCGUAGUUGUAUUGAUUAUUAUUCCUUACAUUCAACUCUGGUCACUCAAGUUCGGCAUUUCAGCAGUUUGCUCUUUGGUGGCUACACUUGUAUUUUUGCUGGGCUCAGGUAAGUACGAGGAUCAUAGAUCUAAAGGAAGUCCAGUUACAAAUGUAUUUCGAGUCUUGUUGGCCUCUACUUUGAAUAUGUUCAAAACAUGUCCAAGCAGUUCAAAACUUGAGCAGAAAAACAAAAAUGUCGAACAUUUUUCGCAUACUCUUGGACUUGGGCUCUUGGAUAAGGCUGCCAUAGAAGACGGAACUGGGAACAAGAGAUCAUGGCUAGUUUGCACACCUGAAGAAGUGGAAGAUACAAAAAUGGUUAUCCGGAUGAUUCCAAUUUGGAUUACCCUAAUCAUUUGUGGGGUUGUCACUUCAAUUGGAACUACAUUCUUCGUGGAGCAAGCAAACCACAUGAGUUACAAGUUUGGACGAUUCAAUCUACCAAAUUCAAUGCUACUUUUCCUGUAUCAGACUGGGAAAUCACAGUCUAAAAAGAUGUACACUAGCAUUUCUCAGAAGUUGGAACAAAGAAAAGCACAGUAUGCUGCCCCUGCAAUUGGCAUUGCGCUUGCAACAUUCUCUGCAGCCUUAUGCUGCAUACUUGCUGCAAUAGUCGAAACGAGGAGAUUACAAGUGAUUACAGAUCACGGCUUGAUCGAUAAACCUGAUGAGCUAGUCCCAAUGACUGUGUUUUGGAUUGUUCCACAGUAUUUUCUUCUCGCGGUCCUAGAUUCGUUCUAUGAAAGCAGUGUCUCUCCGUUUCUAACUGAGAACUGUCCUCCAUCAAUGCAGAAGUAUCUUGUGUUCUUAAACCCGGGAUUAUCCGGGAUGGGAAUGGUGGGAAGCAUUUCAUCUGUUUAUGUUGCUGGCAGAGCAAGCCGGAGGAACGGAAAACCUUGGUUCCAACACAGCUUGAAUGAGAGCCGGUUGGAUCGAUACUAUUGGACACUUGCAGGUUUGAGCGCUGUAAAUUUGGUUUGGUUUGCUGGAUGGGCAAUGUGGUAUCCUUACAGGAUUGAAACAUCAAAUGCUGCUGAUGAACAGAAUCGAAGUCAGGCGACUAAUCAGGAAGAGGCAGGAAUUGCAGAACAUGCAGAGGAAGCUACAGAUAUAUAUUAGUGUACUAUGUAACUAACUGCAUCACAGAUUACGGAAUGGGAAAUUUGCCCUUUCGGGUUCCGAUUGUUUUCUUUGCAUUAACAUCAGUGAGGGUUGAUAGUACGUAUCUAUAGCUAUAUGGUAGUAGGAUCAGGAAUCUUUCGUGAGCUUUUCACGAAUUUUCGAUAUGAAAUAACAUUUCUUUGCGUUAACAUCUAUGAGUGUUGAUUAGUUUGCUACAUAUGAAUAUUUAGUCCAUAAUGAUCUUGACUUGAUUGUGCGAGAGUGUGAAUUGAUGUGAUCAAUCAAC